GGUCAAGUCUUGGUCGUGCUCGGCCUUCCCAGCGGAAAAUCAGCGGAGAUGUUUGCCGACGACGACGAGAGCGAGAACAGCGCGCAAGCCUCGCAGGCGAACCACAGGAAGAGGCUUUCUUCGAUCCUGAAAGUCCCGGAGAAACCGGUUUUGGAAGAGCGAGAUGACAAUAAAAUGCAGGCAGACACGAUGGUGCGCAGGAAGUCUUUGAAGCUUUCGCGGAGGGUCAGCUUCGCCACAACAGACCACGUGAAAGAAUUCAACACAGAGACGACUUUUCUUGGUGUCAGCGUUGAUGGUGAACCUCCAGGGAAGGUUGAAGCUGGUCUCUGUGAGGACGCAAGCCUUCCUGUGGGGCAGAAGAUAGCAGGAUUGGACACUCUGCUGCAUGGGCCCAUCCAGAACCCAGCCCAACUCACCGAGGAUGGAGAGGAUCUUCCGAUUAUUCCGGCAGCAGCAAAGGCCCCAGCUGGGGCAGCCAAGUUUGAAAAGAUCGACUUCAAAGAAACGUUGAAGAGGCUCAACAGGGGCAAGCCGGAGCCUGGCGGACACCGCUUCUUCUCGGAUCCGUUCUGCGCGGGCGAGGGGCUGGCUGACGUCGGGCCGAGCACCGUCGCCCAGGCGAACCGACCAGCGCCGCCGAAGCCGACGCAGGGCGACGUGCCCGCUUUUCCCGCAGGGGUCCCCCACUCCAUGCUCGACCGCACUGCCAUUUUCGAGGACGACGCGAUGGACAUGACGGUCGGCGUCACUGCCCUCAUUGAGGGCGACUUUGUUGAGCCCUUGCGCAACAAACGCACGGCGGUCCAGCCGCAGACACGGCGCGACGACCCCUAUUGCCCGCCCUCUGUUCCCUUCCUGGCGCCGGCGAACGGGAAAAGGGGGGGAGAAGCAGAGGAGGAGAUGGAGAUGACUCGCAGUCACACGGUCGUGAUCCGGACGCAAGAGGAGGUAGAGACGCAGCCUGGUGGGGUGAAGGCUUCCGUGCCGUACGGGCAUAAGUCUACGUACGUUCCCAAAGCGGUGGACUUGGCCGGGAGUCGCACGCCGUUUGGGCUCAGGGAGGCCGAGCACGCGACCCCGCGAAGGUCAGCGCCGAGAGAAGACCAGCCGCCGCGUCACGAUGUCACGAUCGGGUUUGAAGGCAACGAGGUUGACAUGGAGAUGACCAAAAGUCACACCGUAGUGAUUCGUAGCGACCCGACAAUAUCUCUCAGGGAGAAUUACGAUGAGGCUGACAUGGAGAUGACAAGAAGCCACACAGCAGUGAUCCGUAGCGACCCAACAAGAUAUCUAGGAGAGAAGUACGAAGAAGCUGACAUGGAGAUGACAAGAAGCCACACAGCGAUGAUUUGUAACGACCCAACAAGAUCUCUCAGGGAGAAGUAUGAAGAAACUGACAUGGAGAUGACAAGAAGCCACACAGCGAUGAUUCGUCACGACCCAACAAGAUCUCUCAGGGAGAAGUACGAAGAAACUGACAUGGAGAUGACAAGAAGCCACACAGCGGUGAUUUGUAACGACCCAACAAGAUCUCUCAGGGAGAAGUAUGAAGAAGCUGACAUGGAGAUGACAAGAAGCCACACAGCGAUGAUCCGUCACGACCCAACAAGAUCUCUCAGGGAGAAGUACGAAGAAACUGACAUGGAGAUGACAAGAAGCCACACAGCGGUGAUUUGUAACGACCCAACAAGAUCUCUCAGGGAGAAGUAUGAAGAAGCUGACAUGGAGAUGACAAGAAGCCACACAGCGAUGAUCCGUCACGACCCAACAAGAUCUCUCAGGGAGAAGUACGAAGAAACUGACAUGGAGAUGACAAGAAGCCACACAGCGGUGAUUCGUAGCGACCCAACAAGAUCUCUAGGAGAGAAGUAUGGAGAAGCUGACAUGGAGAUGACCAAAAGUCACACCGUAGUGAUUCGUAACGAGCCAACAAGAACUCUAGGAGAGAAGUACGGAGAAGCUGACAUGGAGAUGACAAGAAGCCACACAGCGAUGAUUCGUCACGACCCAACAAGAACUCUCGGGGAGAAGUACGAAGAAACUGACAUGGAGAUGACAAGAAGCCACACAGCGGUGAUUCGUCACGACCCAACAAGAUCUCUCAGGGAGAAGUACGAAGAAACUGACAUGGAGAUGACAAGAAGCCACACAGCGGUGAUUCGUAGCGAUGCAACAAGAUCUCUAGGAGAGAAGUAUGGAGAAGCUGACAUGGAGAUGACAAGAAGCCACACAGCGAUGAUCCGUCACGACCCAACAAGAACUCUCGGGGAGAAGUACGAAGAAGCUGACAUGGAGAUGACAAGAAGCCACACAGCGAUGAUUCGUAACGACCCAACAAGAUCUCUCAGGGAGAAGUACGAAGAAACUGACAUGGAGAUGACAAGAAGCCACACAGCGGUGAUUCGUAGCGACCCAACAAGAUCUCUAGGAGAGAAGUAUGGAGAAGCUGACAUGGAGAUGACCAAAAGUCACACCGUAGUGAUUCGUAACGAGCCAACAAGAACUCUAGGAGAGAAGUACGAAGAAACUGACAUGGAGAUGACAAGAAGCCACACAGCGAUGAUUCGUAGCGACCCAACAAUAUCUCUAGGAGAGAAGUAUGGAGAAGCUGACAUGGAGAUGACCAAAAGUCACACCGUAGUGAUUCGUAACGAGCCAACAAGAUCUCUCGGAGAGAAGUACGAAGAAGCUGACAUGGAGAUGACAAGAAGCCACACCGCGGUAAUUCGUAACGAUGUAACUACUAGACCUCUCGCAGAAAAUUACAAUGCUGCCACACAGGAGCUGCGAGCUCGGCCAUCCAACGUUGCGCCGCGUGGAAACAGAACUGUAAUAUUUCACGACGAGGACAAGGUGGAGGUCGCGAGGUGCCAAACAGUGGCGAUCACUGGAGAGGGGCUGCGGGGUGUCACGACUAAUGAGCCACCGAGAGCUUUGAACACCAAGAAGACCGGUGGCGCCAAGAGCAAUGUCGUGGCGCCGAAGAGCAUCAGCAACAGCAGCAGCGCGAUCAUCGAAUGCGAGACGACACAACUGCUCGGCAACCCGCAGCCGGCUCGAGUAGAACCUAAGCACGUGAGCGUCGGAGACCGGCGAGCUUCGCCACCGGAGGAGGUCGAAAUCCGGCCUUGUGGAAGUGGUGCGGCCGCAGCUGAUGGUGGCCGUGGUGUGCAUGAGGGCAGCACACGGUCCAAUCGCCCCAUCACGAUGGAACAACCGGUGGCGACCGCAGAGUUUGGUGGGCAGGCCGGGGCAGGGAGAGACAGUGGAGAGGCCAGAGGGGAUGGGCAUCAGUGGGCAAGGACGGACGGCGAGGGACGCACUACGGCGGCCGACACCGAGCCGAUCGUCCGGGCCGCUGCGGCGAACAACGUGACGAUUCCGCGGCUCUGCACGGUCGCGCGAGACGCCGAGUCGGUGGAGCCGGGGAAGUUGCUGGAGGCGGCCGAGCUGCCGGCGAGGGCGCAGCCGAAAGCCAUCGAGGAGGUGAGCUCACUCGGCAAGUCUGGCCAUUUGGGCGCAGAAGAAAACAAAGUAAAGUUGGCUGGUGCAGGCGUAUUCGAAAGCAGAACGGACAAGGUCCCUAAGGAACUUCUGGGGUCGCCAGUAAAGGAGCCGGCGGCAUUAUCGGUGGAGCCAAGUAGCGCUCGUCUGGAGAUGAAAUGCGAUGCCGCCGUGACGGAGGUGGCGGCGGCAAGACCAACGGACAACCCCACGACUUUCCUGCUGAGAAAGCAGCUGGACAAGAGGCUGUCGCUCAUGACCCUCCACGAGCAGCAGCUGCAGCGCAAGCAGCCGGGUGCGGGCGAGCACGGUACCCACCGGCGCGCCACCAUGCUGCUGCCGUUCGCCUCCGCCGACGGGGACACUCGGCCCCACACGGACAUCCUGCUUGGCAGGCGCUACUCGUCCGCCAUGGCGCUGACGCCCGAGUGCACGCGCGCCGUGCGACGCCGGCUGUCGAUGCUGCAAGCGGCGCGAGCGAGGGGGGCGGGCGGCGGCGACGACGACGACGCCACGGCGAGCAACAGGAGGCUAACCACCUCGGACCGGCUCGGCCAGCUGAUGCCGCUGCUUACCAAGCAGGUCCAGCUCGCAGACCUGGAGAUGGAGAUGGCGCUGCAGGGUGGGCACCUGUGUGAGGAGGCGCUGAAGGUGGUGUCCGAGAUAGAGAAGGCCGGAUCCCAGCAGGCAGUCACCCACGGUGAUUUCCACACCUCGUACAAUAUGCAAGACGAGACUUUGCCGGCUUCAACUGUUGGGCAGCAGGAGCUGUGGACGGGGCAGCUGGAGGAGCACACGGGAGGUGGGGGUACGGCGUGCCAAGCGGCGGCGCAGGGGAAGCGCGCCACGGAGGAAAGCGGCGGCGGCGGCGGCGGCAAGCGGCGACGCAGCGACAGGGACGGGGAUACACUCGCCUGCAUGGACGAGCCCGAGGAGAAGGAGCAGGAGGGACCGACGUUCCUCCCGGCACUCCAGCUGUCCCUCUCUGCCGGACACGGUGAACUCCAGGCCUCGCCGAGCGGAGGCAACUCAAGGAUCGUCACUGAUGGGUUCAUGCCAGCCAUUGCCCAGGCCUGCCAAAACAUCAGCCUCACCUCAAGCCACGAGGGCUGGGUGGACGGCAACGUCACCAUCCGGGCCUUCAUGAAGAACAUGCUGCUCGAAGCCACCGUGGCCCUAUCCAGACAUAGCGAGAUCAUGGUCAUGCCCCAGGAGGAGGAGGAGCGAGGGCAACGGCUGCGCAGGACGGUGCGGGAGAGGCAUGUGGUCAUCCCCAAGAUGAGAGCCAAAGAAGAGCAACUUGGACGGAUCCAGGAGCAGACGGCACAGCUCACCGGCGAGGGUGGAGAUCGGUUGCUGAAGUCGCUGGACCCGCAGCUCUGCAGGAGGAUGAUGAGUUGCAAGCAGACGGAGCACGACGAGUUCCUGACGGAGCUCAGGGCCGAGAGGGACUGCCUGCGGGAUGAGGCGAAGCACGUGUACGCGCGUGGCAGCACGGAGCAGCUGACGGAGCUGCUCGCACAAAUGCAGGGUCAUCUAGAGGUUCUGGAGAAUCGAGUGCAGCAGACUAAGAAGACCCUGGAGGACAUCAACUUCCACAUGGCGCAAAUGGACGACGAAUCCAGGAACGACCAGGAUCGCGUCGCCGAGCCAGUGCCGAGCCGCGCCCUGCUGCUCGACAAGAAGAACGAACUGACGGAGCUGGCAAAUGAGAAGAAGGAAGUGAAAAGGCUGCAGCGCGAGCGCCACAAGGAGCUGAACCUGGUGGCCAAGACGCUGCGUGAGCAGCAGCAGCAGCUCCUCGUCCCCGUCCACAGCGUCUCCGAGUACCACAGGCUGACGGGGUGGGAGCUGCAGUGGUGGCAGGAGAACGAAGCUGUGUUCCUCUUCCUGCACGGAUCGCUGGAGGCGAAAGUCAAGUUCGGCAAGCGAAUCGACGGCCUCACGUUCGCCGGGCAGCCCAUGCGAGAGAUCUCCGACAUCCAGCUCACGUGGCAGCUCGGCGAUUCCCCGUUCCCCGAGGCUACCAGCCUCCUCCAGCGCCUGCUGUUGGCGGGGCUCGGCAACCAUUGCACGUGGGCAGCGCAGCACCGCAGCAGCCUGCACCUCCCGCAGGUGCUGCACGAGCUGACGCUGGUGGCGGAGCGGGCGCGGGGGCUGAGCGAGGACGUGGCCUUCCUGCUGGGGGGCACGGGGCUGCGCUACGACCUCGUGCGCGCGUCUGUCGACGGGCUCAGGCUCGGCUGCGUCUUCUCCAGCCUGCCGGCCUUCUGCAAGUUCCGUGUCAACUUUGAGCUGCAGCCCGGCUACCCCUUCACGCCGCUGCAGUUUGAAGUGCGGCCCCUCAUCGGCAAGCCCAGCGUGGAGCAGCAGGUGAGCCACGCGGUGAGGGCCGUGCCGAUCGGGUGGCGCUACCUGACCCGCGUCGUCCACAACAUUCACGCGUCCGUGCUGGCCGGCACCGGCAAACCCGGAGGGGCGCCCAGCGACUAACGGGGCCAGCGGCAG